AUGCAGUUAAUCCAGCAGCACAUGGGCCACGUACCGAACACGGUUUCUCUCGGUGAAAUUGGCAUCGAAUGCUACCACGACGGCCAUGCUGUGGCCGUCGAUUCCCAGCGGGAUGUCCUUCGUCGCCGGCACCCUCCACAGCUCGGGAAUCUAAACAGUCUCCAACUGGCGAGGAAAAUAGCCGACAACGACGUUGUAGAGACCGCCUUUCGUUUCGAGUCAUGCAAGGGUGUCCGAUGUUGUCAGCGUAGGAUGGGUGGUGUGGUCGUCAUCCUCAACGCCAUGGUUGAAACCUCCAACCUCCAACUUCCCUGCCAGCACCAACCGCCUCACGCCUCCGCCAUGCCACCCAAGCAGGCGUCCAUGCUCCACGGCGCCUCCCUCCUCAUUCUCCUCCAGCUCCUAUCCCGUCUCGCAACUUUUGUCGCCAACCAGCUGCUGCUGCGUUUCCUCACCGCACCCCUCCUUGGCCUCGCCACCCAGCUCGAAGUCUACUACCUCUCCGUCCUCUUCUUCGCACGAGAGAGCCUACGCGUCGCCAUCCAGCGCCAGGGUGCCAUCGACGUCACCAAAUCAGAACCCUCAAAGAGCGAGAGGAGGAGGAAGAAGCCGGCGGCGGAGCAGGACGAGGAUGGGGAUGGGCAGGAGAGCGGCAGCGACGACGACGACGACGACGAAGACGAGUUGGGAGGACAUGAACGCCGGGACGGCCAGGCCGUCGUCAACCUCGGCUAUCUCGCCAUCCUUCUCGGCGCCCUCGUGGCCGUCGUUCUAGGUCGAAUCUAUCUCGUCUACGCCUCACCCGCCACGCUCCUCACGCCUUUCCUCGUUCGCGGCCUCUACCUGUACGGCGUCGCCGCCGUCGUUGAGCUGCUCUCCGAGCCGUGCUUCGUCCUCCUCCAGAGGCGCCUCCGCUUCGGCACCCGUGCGGCGGCCGAGUCGACGGCCACCUUUGUCCGCUGCUCCGUCGUCUUCCUCGCCGCCGUCCUCGCCGCCCGCCGCGAUUGGAACGUCGGCGUCCUCCCCUUUGCCCUCGGCCAGCUCGCCUACGGCGUCACGCUGCUCAUCGUCUACCUCGUCGCAGGUCAAGGCCUCGCCUCCGACCUCGGCUUCUCGCUCCUCCCAAAACCGGUAUCGAAGACGGGCGACGCCAACUUUUUCCUUUCGUAUUUCUAUUCGCCAACCAUCAGGCUCGCCGGGAGCAUGAUGGCCCAGAGCGUCGUCAAGCACCUCCUCACCCAGGGCGACACCUUCCUCGUCUCCCUCCUCGCUUCCCCCGACGUCCAGGGGAUAUACGCCCUCGCCAACAACUACGGUGGCCUGCUCGCCCGUCUCCUCUUCCAACCCGUCGAGGAGAGCAGCCGGACCUACUUCUCCCGUCUCCUCUCCUCGCCUGCCUCCGGCCCUUCGUCCAAGCCGUCCCCGCCGGUUCGGGAAGCGAGCACCAGCCUCCACACCAUCCUGAGGCUCUACAUUCUGCUCUCUGCCGUUGUCGUCAGCCUUGGCCCCCAUGCCGCUCCCUCGCUCCUCUCCGUCGUCGCCGGCAAGCGCUGGGCGGCCGUCGGAGCCGGCGAGGUCCUCGGAACCUAUUGCUUCUACAUUCCCUUCCUGGCCCUCAACGGCAUAACCGAAUCGUUUGUCGCCUCCAUCGCCUCCGAGAGCGAGGUCCACCGACAGUCGCUCUGGAUGGGAGCCUUCUCCGUCGCCUUCGCCGCCUCCUCCUUUCUCUUCAUGCGCGUCCUCGCCCUCGGCGCCCAGGGGCUCGUGCUCGCCAACAUCAUCAACAUGGUGUCUCGCAUCGUCUGGAGCACCGCCUUCAUCAAAGCCUUCUUCACGCGAAACAACGGCGACUUCAGCCUGCGCGAUCUGCUCCCCAGCACGACCAUCGUCACGGCAGUCUCGACGUAUGCAUUCCUACACCACCUGCGCCUUCUCGACGACGCCGAAGCCCAGCCGGUGGCCACGCUGGUCAAGGUGGCGGGCACGGCGAUUCCGUUGCUUCUGACAAUAGCCUUUGUUGAGAGACGCUUCCUUCUCGAAUGUCUGCGCACCGUGCGCGGCCGUCGAGGCUCUACAUAG